AUGUGCCCUCUGAACGUUUGUUGCAGCGAAUUCGGCUUUUGCGGAACGACGCCAGGGUUCUGUGGUGGCAAGGUUAUCUCGUCCCCCGAGUGCGACAGCGGCAGCAGGACUUCGGAUGCUAAAACCAUUGGGUACUACGAAGGGUGGAAUACGGCAAAGAGGUCCUGCAAUACCAUGAAGCCAUCUGAUAUUCCUUUGGGGUACUACACGCAUAUUUUCUAUUCUUUUGCUCUAAUCGACCCCAAAACAUUUCACGUGGCCGAUAUGGACGCCGAAGUGGCUUCGCACUACAAUGAAGUCACAUCCCUCAAGGCCCAACAAUCAGGACUGGAAGUGUGGAUAGCUAUUGCCUCACAGGAUGCAUUCUUUCAGUCACUUAUCUCAUUCCUCGCUCUCCAUGAUUUCGAUGGGGUAGAUCUUGAUUGGGAGUAUCCGGUGGCCCAAGACCGAGGGGGGGUACCAGAGGAUUUCGAGAACUAUGUGAUCAUGAUCUCCAGACUCCGAGCGGCUCUAAAUGCCACCGGUCGACGUUACGGACUAAGCAUAACACUUCCUGCUUCAUAUUGGUACUUACGAGGAUUUGAUCUCAAAAACAUUGAGCCACACCUUGAUUUCUUCAACAUCAUGACCUAUGACAUUCAUGGUGUAUGGGAUCAAAAUGUCACCUCAAUCGGCCCCUACGCUUUCGCCCAUACCAACCUCACGGAGAUACAGACUGGCCUUGAAUUGCUGUGGAGAAACAACGUCAACCCGCAACGUGUGAACUUAGGAUUAGGCUUCUACGGACGUAGCUUUGAGAUGAAGGAUCCCAGCUGUAUGUCUGCAGGCUGCGAGUUCAGCAACGGGGCAAAGGGCGGCCAAUGUACCGGCACUCCCGGUGUUCUUUCAGUGGCCGAGAUCAACACCAUCAUAAAGAAUGGCGGCAAAGUGACCUAUGACCAGGCUGCCGCCGUUAAGAUUGUGACCUGGGACACCAACCAAUGGGUUUCUUGGGACGACGUCGAGACGCUGAAGAUAAAACAAGACUAUGCCAACCGGAGGUGUCUUGGUGGCACCAUGGUGUGGGCGAUUGAUCUGGACGAUGGCACCAUGAUCAAUGCGCUGGGCUCCAACCUUGCUCGUCCAAAAGCCAAAGUCACGCCCAACGUUGUAGGCUGGCAACACGACCGGUUACAUGAACCUGGACCAAUACCAGAGAGGGAGCUCUAG